AUGAUUGCAAGAGCGUUUAUUGUGUUUACUUUCUUUUCUGAAUUACAGACGAUUGAUGAUUGGUCAUUCGACAUAUUUUCCUUGGAUACAGAGAGUGACGGCCACGCCCUCAAAUGCCUAGCAACGGAGGUCUUAUCACGCUACGAUCUCCAAACAAAAUUCAAGAUUCCUCAUUCUGUACUCGGUGCUUUCUUGGACGCUAUGGAACUUGGUUAUAGCAAGUAUGGCAAUCCUUACCAUAAUCUGCUUCAUGCGGCUGACGUCACACAGACAGUACAUCACAUGUUAGCACGAAUGGGACUAGUGCACUGGUUGUCUGACUUAGAGAUCUUCGCUUCACUUCUAGCAGCAAUAAUUCACGACUUUGAACACACGGGUACUACAAAUGCGUUCCAUGUUAAUACAAAAUCUGACAUGGCAAUGUUUUACAAUGAUAGGGCGGUAUUGGAGAAUCAUCACAUAAGCAGCUCAUUUCGUCUCAUGAGAGAUGAUGAAAGAAAUAUUCUUGCUAAUCUCUCAAAAGAAGAAUACACGGAGCUUCGGAACCUGGUAAUUGACAUGGUACUAGCUACAGACAUGUCCUUUCAUUUCCAACAGAUCAAGCAGAUGAAAGCGAUGAUCUCCACCACAGAGGCAUUGGACAAACCUAAAGUCAUGGCUCUCACACUUCACUGUGCAGACAUCAGCCAUCCUAGUAAGGAAUGGAAGUUCCAUUAUAAAUGGACCACAUUACUUAUACGGGAAUUCUUUAGGCAGGGCGACAGAGAAAGAGAAAUGGGCUUGCCAAUAUCACCUCUAUGCGACAGGAAUUCAACACUCCUAGCUGAGUCACAAAUAGGUUUCAUCGAUUUCAUCGUUGAUCCAAGCAUGAAUGUAUGUGGGGAUAUGAUAGAUCGGAUACUAAGAGAAGAGCUUCAAUCGGCCUCCAAUUCUCCAUCUGCAGAUAGUGUAGUACGGAAUAAGAGGAACUCUAUUCCCAUGGCACGCCCAUGCUCUGCACCCAGAUCAGCUAGUGUUCCAGCACCAGCAAACAACAAUUCAAUGAACGAUCGUGAUAGACCUAGUAGUCCAGGAAGGGUGAGUCUAGGUCGACGGAAUUCAAUCCCGGUAAGGUGUCUUCGUAGUUGGCAUGAACACCUUCAUAAAAACAAGGCCAAGUGGAGAGAUCUUGGGCAACAAGAGGUAAACACUGGAGUCAAGGUACUGGACAUUGACGAGGACCCGACCGACCAGAAAUCAAACAAAGAUGUCUUCCAUAAAAAUGACUCCAAUGACAACAACACAACCCGGAAAACCAGCAAUGGCAUCGAGGAAGAAGAAGUGUUGCAUGAUCAGGCUACUACUUCAUCAGGGGCAGCCGAGUCAUCAGGGUCUGCACAGACACCAGGUAGACAAGGAUCCGGAGAAAGAUGAGAGGGUCUUUGUCAGGUGAAGAUCAUACAAGCUAUAAAGGUCAAAGAAUGCAUAGACAUUGAUAGAGAAAUAUCCAUGCCGACCAUGCAAGCAGUCAAGUGAUGUGAUCAUGAGUUGAAAAGACGUCAUCAACUAUUGAGAUUUAAACUGAUGCAAUUCUGAUGCUGUGAUAUAUAUUCGGACGUGUUCUCCUGAUGAAGGGAAUAAGGUGAAAGUGUAACAAGGGUACAUGCAAUUCUAAAUGAUUAUAAAUUAUGAGAUCAUUGCAACAAAGAUAAUUGACAUUAAAAUUUCAUAAACAGCUCUCGUUGUGUUGUUUAAUUGCAUCUAUAUUAUUAUCUUUGCUUUAAUCUUGGACAGAAAUUAAUAUCAAAUUUAUUUAAUAUAUUGUUUGCAUUAAAGAUCUUUCAGAUAUUUAUUUAUCUCAUGGUCCGUUUCAUGAACCAUUUUGUUCUUUCUUUAGCCUUGAAAGGGCAAACAGACACAAAAAUCACCCCCCCCC